AUGGCGGAUCUAGAGCAAGGAAAAGGGAAACUUACUUAUGCUCACGAAAUAGUGGAGGAGCGCCGUGUUUCUCUGAUCAACUCCAAGUUGAGAUUCUACAAUAGUGCAGUUUCUGAUGCUGAUCUUAUUGAAAAGACGCUUUCUACUUUCCAUCCUUCUAUGAGGAUACUUGCUGAUUGUCAGCAAAAGUAUAAGAAGUAUUCUGAGUUGAUUUACUCGCUGCUUAAGGCAGAGAAGCACAAUGAGCUUCUUGAGAAGAACAAUUUGGCUCGUCCAACAGGAACGAUGCCUCUGCCUGAAUCACACUUCAACUCUAAGAAUACUCAAAAGUUCAAUGGUUCCAAAAAGAAUCGUAGGACAUUCAAUGGAAAGUGGAAGCGUAAUGAGAAGCAGAAUAAGUAUGGAGUCCAAAAGGGCAAAGGUUCUUUCAAGAAUAAUGAAAGGGCUAGCAACACUGGUUGCUCCAGAUGUGGUUGUAAGGAACAUAUUGCAAAGAAGUGUGAUACUUUGAAGCAUUUGGUGGAAUUGUACCAGCAGUCACUUGGAAAGGGCAAGAAGGCUCAGGGGAACCAGUAUGAAGCACACUUCACUGGAAAUGAAGAUGGUACCCCUACGGUUGAUGGUUCUCGAGAUGAUUCUCCGAACAUGGACAACCAGGAGCAGAAUCAGCAAGUGGAAGAUCCAAUACUUGAUGUCGAUGACAUGCUAGUGGUAUUUGGUUCUACUGACAUAUAUGGAGACCAGAUUUAG